CGUCGGCAGCAUCAGGACCAAAAAGCUCCCAGGAUCCUCCGACGCAAGAAGAAGAUGGUGCAUGUAAACAGCCGCAGGGAGAGAGAGGACCGCGUCCGUUUGUCUGGCGUCGCAGCUUAAACCUAUUCAUCUAAACUUUUAAGACAAAAAAAGAAGAAGAAAGAGGAUAUUUAUUAUUUUGUAAUUUUUUAUUUUUUUUAUUUUUGGGAACAAGCAGAAACGCGCAAACGGAAUCAGCAAAGAUGCGACGACAGUAACACUUGGUAUCAUUUAUAUAAUCUCAUAACGACGUUUUAAGAUUCAUUUUCUCUGCGUUUGACAAGACAAAACAAAAAUAAAAUAAAAAAAAAAAAAUGAAAUGCUUGGUUUAAUGUUGUGUAAUGGUCGCUGCUUUCUAGUGGGAUGCACAUCAGUGUUUGGCCAUACUCGCUCUCCGUCGUAAUGGCAGCUCUGUACCAAGGCACGGACGCUUCCUCUCCGGAUAAAUUUCUGGCCUUAAAGGAUGUGAGAGAGGUGAAGGAGGAAACCACACUGGAUGAGAAACUCUUUCUACUGGCUUGUGAGAAAGGCGACUACUACAUGGUGAAGAAACUGCUGGAGGAGAACCGACACGGCGAGCUCAACAUCAACUGCGUGGACGUGUUGGGGAGAGACGCCGUCACCAUCGCUAUUGAAAAUGAAAAUCUAGAUAUUCUGCAGCUUCUCCUGGAACAUGGCUGCCAGGCCACAGAUGCGUUGCUGGUUGCCAUAGACUCGGAGGUGGUGGGAGCCGUCGACAUCCUCCUCAAUCACAGGCCGAGGCGAUCGUCCAAGCCUUCCAUUGCUAAACUGAUGCAGCGUAUUCAAAACCCUGAGUAUUCGACCACUAUGGACGUGGCUCCUGUCAUCCUGGCAGCCCACAGGAAUAACUAUGAGAUCCUGACUAUGCUGCUCAAACAGGACAUCUCACUCCCCCGGCCUCAUGCUGUAGGCUGCGAGUGCACGCUCUGCAAUGCCAAAAACAAAAAAGACAGCUUACGCCACUCCAGGUUCCGCUUGGACAUUUACCGCUGUCUGGCCAGCCCCUCUCUGAUCAUGCUGACUGAGGAAGAUCCUAUACUCAGGGCUUUUGAGCUGAGCGCCGACCUGAAGGAGCUCAGCCUGGUCGAGGUGGAGUUUAGGAAUGACUAUGAGGAGCUGGCAAAGCAGUGCAAGAUGUUUGCCAAGGACCUGCUGGCUCAGGCUCGAAACUCUCGAGAGCUCGAAGUCAUUCUCAAUCACACGUCCAGCGAGGAUCACGUUGACAAGAGAGGCUUACUGGAGGAGCGCAUGAAUCUCAGCCGACUUAAACUUGCCAUCAAGUACAACCAAAAAGAGUUUGUGGCUCAGUCCAACUGUCAGCAGUUUCUCAACACAGUCUGGUUUGGAGAGACAGCCAGCUACCGCCGUAAACACACUUGUCUAAAGAUCAGCACAGUGUUGAGUGUGGCGAUGCUUUGGCCGCUGCUUUCCGUCUGCUACCUUCUGGUGCCGCGAUCCCGUGUGGGCCAGAUCAUCCACACGCCCUUCGUCAAAUUCAUCAUCCACAGCGCCUCCUACUUCACCUUCCUGCUGCUGCUGAACCUCUACUCGCUGGUCUACAACGAGGGAAAGAAAAACACCAUGGGUCCUGCUCUGGAGAUGAUUGAUUACCUGCUCAUACUCUGGAUCAUAGGGAUGGUGUGGUCAGAUGUGAAGCGGCUGUGGUACGAGGGGCUGGAAGACUUUUUGGAAGAGUCGAGGAACCAGCUGAGCUUCGUGAUGAAUUCCCUUUACCUCGCCACCUUUGCCCUCAAGAUUGUCGCUCAUAGCAAGUUCAAGAAUGUGGCUGACACAGAGAGGAAGAACUGGGAUGCCUUCCAUCCCAUCCUGGUGGCCGAGGGUCUGUUUGCCUUCGCCAACGUUCUCAGUUACCUGCGACUUUUCUUUAUGUACACCACCAGCUCCAUACUGGGGCCACUACAGAUCUCCAUGGGUCAGAUGCUGCAGGAGUUCGGAAAGUUUUUGGGCCUCUUCCUGUUGGUGUUGUUCUCCUUCACCAUCGGACUCACUCAGCUUUACGGGAAAGACCAGAAAGACAGAGAAAAGAAUUCAUCCAGAGACUGCGCCGGCAUUUUCUGCCAGCAACAGAGCAACGAUGCAUUCCACACGUUUAUGGGGACGUGCUAUGCUCUGUUCUGGUACAUCUUCUCCUUGGCACAUGUUGCGCUGUUUGUCACACGGAUCAGCUACACAGAGGAGUUGCGCUCCUUCGUGGGUGCCAUGAUCAUCGGCACCUACAACAUUGUGGUGGUGAUUGUCCUGACCAAGCUGCUGGUGGCCAUGCUUCACAAGAGCUUCAGACAAAUUGCUAAUCACGAGGAUAAGGAGUGGAAGUUUGCUCGUGCCAAAUUGUGGCUCAGCUACUUUGAUGACAAAUGUACCCUGCCUCCACCCUUCAAUAUCCUCCCCUCCCCGAAGACUGUGUGCUACUUGUUGACCAGCAUGAGCAAGUGGGCCUGUUCACACACCUCGAAGGGCAAAGUAAAGAGACAGAACAGCCUCAAGGAGUGGAAGAAUCUGAAGCAGAAGCGUGAUGAAAACUAUCAGAAGAUCAUGUGUUGCCUGGUCCACCGCUACUUGACCUCCACGCGACAGAAGAUGCAGAGCACGGACCAGGCCACCGUGGAAAACCUCAACGACCUGCGCCAAGACCUGUCCAAGUUUCGCAACGAGAUGAGGGACCUGCUGGGCUUCCGGACCUCCAAAUACGCCAUGUUCUACCCACGGAGCUAAGAAAAGACUCGAUAUUCUCUCCCCCGCCCCCCCGCCCCCCUUCUUUUUACAAAACCUCUGCUUCUCGUUAAUCUGGGAUGCUGUGUGACCCGAGCAUGUACACACUCUGCUCUUUGAGAUACAGAGGCAACUUUAAAGCCUGGAACCAUACCAACAAAAGUAUAUAUAUAUAUAUAUAUAUAUAUAUAUAUAUAUAUAUAUAUAU